GCUCGUAAACGGGCGGUCUCGAAGAGUGCACGGAAAACGUGAAUCCGGGAUAAAGGUUCAAGUGUUUUCACGAGAUUUUUACGUGUUUGGUGAAAAUUCCGGUCGAGUGUUAUGGUAAUUUUGUUGGCCGGCCUCCCACCCGCUGCUUAACAUUUGUCGUAAUCCCUUCCCUCGAUACGAGAAUCAGUGCGCGAAGAUGAACACGAUGUACCACAUGAAACCGCUGCAAAAGCUGGAUGAUGUUUGCGACGUGCCAAGUUGCAUGUACAAGCUGCAGCCGGUUUGCACGUUUUCCUUUGAUCCUGCGGCCAAAAUUCACGGACUGAAGGGCGAACCACUAAGCGCCACUGCCGCCGAUCCGAUGUCUGCCGAAAUUGAUAAUUUUCUUAAAAAGGCUGAGAACGACGAACUGAGCAAAUUAGCCGAACGGCAGCAGCGUGUGCUACAACAACUGGCGGCCCUGAAGCAGGAUCUUUUGUCCUUGCGAACUGAGCUGAAAAUCAACAAGCCGGCGGCCGCAUCUUCAGUAUCUCCCCAAAAGACGAAGGGCCAGCUAAAAGCUGAACCUAUCAAUCUUAUCAACUUGCAAGAUUUCGUCAUCAAUGCCAGUCCGGAACACGUCCCGUACAGUUUGCUGGCGUUGAAGAACCUCUGGAAGGAUCGCCUGAAUUUGCAGGUGGAAUGUUUCACGCACUCCACGGUGCCGAAGCUAAGCGAUGAGGCCGUCAACUUUCAGAAAGCCAUCUCAUCCACCAGCGAGGCCAUCGCUAGCCAGCUGCCCGUCAUCAAAGUUACUUUGAUUUGGAAAAAUGUUGGCACGUACACCGAAAUGAUCACCUCCCCUACUUCCUACGUCCCAAUCUGCGGUGAAGUGAAUAUUUUGCGCUAUCUUUCGCGCUGUGGUCCGAGCGAGUACAACUACGAACUGUUGCAGAACGUGGUUGAAGUCGAUUCGAUCCUGGAUGCCUGCUAUCUGUUAAUCAACAAGCAGAACAUCAAACAGCGCCAACAGAUCCUGCGUACGCUCGGAGCCAAACUAGGCAAAACGAUUGGUUUCGGUGGCGAGGAUGUUUCGAUGUGCGAUAUUGCUUUCACGAGUGCCGUGAAGCAGGUGCAACGCACGGUUGGUAAGGACAUCAACCCCAACAUGGCCAAGUGCAUCGCUCGCGUUGCUACCGUAGUAGGCAUGUAAAGCAGGUCGUCCAGACAGGCUUUGGCUGCAGCAGAUGCACGAUGUGAGUUGCGUGCGUGAGUGUAUUUCCUUCCUUUUAUUCUGUUUCAAUAUUUAUUCGAUCAUUCGAUUUAAAAGGAUAAAAUUACUCGACACUUAGCUUACAGGACAUUUGCGAAGAUUAAAACAAAUAAAACGAAAUUUUAUUCGAGAUGUGCAUUACAAACUAAAGUACACGUGCUUAAGUUGGGACACUACUGGUAGGUAGAGUGGAUGAGAAAAGUUGCUUCGAGCAAAGAGAUUACCAGUACAAUGACC